AUUUCCAUUACAUGCAUCUGAUGCAGUAUUCACCCAUGAAAGUUUAUGCUCCCAUACGUCAGUCUAUAAAGUGCCCCAGGACACUCAGUUGCCUAUUACAGCUCCAGACUAACACAGCUAUCCCUCUGGUACUUAGAAAGCCUAGUUAGUUCUCAAAGCCCAGCUGGUGUCUUUCAAGGAUUUGUGUUCCACAUUUUGCUGAUUUUUAUUAAAAAUAUAUAUAUUUUAAAUAAGGCAAGAGCUUUCUAAACUGUGGGACUAGACUGGCAGGGCGCUGAACAGGUGCAGAGAAGGAGAGAGAAGGUCCGUUGUGUUGCACUGGCGGCAGGUCAGGAAGUGGGGACACAAGUGAAAUGGUUACAAGGCUAGGAUCGAUGCAGGCUGCAUGGCAGACACCUGCGGACCGGGCUGCCUCAGUGGGAUCCUCUCGCCCAGGUAAGCGAAGACCGACGCUAGGCCAAGCUCGAGGAAGGCCGCUCCCAAAACCGGGCGGCUGGAGGACGAGGGAGCGCGCGCGCACCGGAACGUGUCAGUCAGGGAGAAGCUGCUGGCCUACGGGGGAACAGUCCCACAGCCCCUGACCGGACACGCAGGGCCUCCUCCACCACGGCCGCGGGCCCCUUUCUUCAGAAGUCCGCGCACUCCCCCGCCGUGCGCGAGGGCAGGAGCCGGGUGGCUGAGACGUUGGCGGAGGGGCCGUUGCUGUUCGUUACAAAGGAGGCGGGGCCUGGGCUGCCGGCUCUCGGAACCUUCUCGCGGCCCUGCCCAUUUACUGCUGCUUUAACGGCCGAGAGAGACGUGCGGGGAGCUCGACGCCGUGACGCAGGGUCGUGCCCCUCCCACGGGGGAGGAGAGUGCGGCCGGGUCGGGCGCGCACCCUCCCUGAACGCUGCCUGCGGCUGCCGCUGUAAUACUGUUUUACUCUUGUAGGUAAAUCUUUUCCUGUUUGCAAUAAAAAUGGCAGAAGCAACUGCUGACCCUCCAGAGAAGCUUGUUGUUAUCCAUUCUAAGGCUCACAGAGAUACCAUUCUCGCUAAUUUUGCUGAACAAAGGAAAAAGAAUUUUCUUUGUGAUAUCACUUUAAUAGUAGAGGAUGUGCACUUCAGAGCCCACAAAGCUUUACUUGCUGCCAGCAGUGAGUACUUUUCAAUGAUGUUUGUAGAUGAGGGAGAGAUAAGUCAGUCAAUUUAUAUGUUGGAGGGAAUGGUUGCAGACACUUUUGGUGCACUACUGGAAUUUAUCUACACAGGUUAUCUCCAGUCCAAUGAAAAAAGUGUGGAACAAAUAUUGGCAACUGCACAACUCCUAAAAGUGAAUGAUUUAGUGUGGGCACAUGCAGAUUAUCAGACCAGCCAUAGCCCAAAUAAUGUAUUACCUCUCGCAUCUAGUAGUGGUGCUUCAGUAGUUGUCUUUGCAAAUGACAAGAAAAAUGGAGAGCCACCCAAACGAAAACGAGGAAGACCAAGAAAAGUCAAGAAUGUUCAAGAGGAAAAAUUUGGGACAACUUCUGUUGAAGAUAUGCAGCUAAGAGAGAACAAUUCAGUGCAAAAUAAACAAAAUUUUAUGAAAAAGGUUGCAGCGGAAGAAACAGUUGCUGGUGAACAAGUUCCAGUAAGGAAAGAAAUGGAAGAAACUGAGCCAGCUUGUGGUUCAGAAGCUGCUGUAGAUCUGUCAGCUGAGAAGGAUGAGAAUUAUGAUCCUAAAACUCAAGGAAGACAGAGCAAUCAGAGUCGUUAUAGCAAACGUAGGAUACGGCGGUCUAUCAAGCUUAAAGAUUAUAAACUUGUUGGUGAUGAAGAUGGAAAAGUAUUGACAAAGAGAACUGAUAGAAAAAGAAAACGCACAGGUUCUGAAGCUUGUUGCAAAGAAUGUGGCAAAGUGUUUAAAUAUAAUCACUUUUUAGCUAUUCAUCAGAGAAUUCAUACAGGAGAACGCCCUUUUAAAUGCAAUGAAUGUGGUAAAGGCUUUUCCCAGAAGCAUUCUCUUCAGGUUCACGAGCGGAUGCAUACUGGAGAGCGACCAUAUUCCUGUACUGUCUGUAGUAAGGCUUUAACAACAAAACAUUCUCUUUUGGAACACAUGAGCCUACACACAGGACAGAAGGCUUUUACAUGUGAUCAGUGUGGGAAGUAUUUUAGCCAAAAGAGACAACUGAAGAGUCAUUACCGAGUGCACACAGGCCAUUCAUUGCCGGAAUGUAACCAGUGUCAUCGCAAAUUCAUGGAUGCAGCUCAAUUAAAGAAACAUCUAAGAACACAUACAGGUGAGAAGCCAUUUACUUGUGAAAUCUGUGGCAAGUCAUUCACAGCAAAAAGUUCUCUUCAGACUCACAUCAGAAUCCACAGAGGAGAAAAGCCAUAUUCUUGUGGUAUAUGUGGAAAAUGUUUCUCGGAUUCCAGUGCAAAGAGGAGACACUGUAUCUUACACACAGGCAAAAAGCCUUUCUCCUGCCCAGAGUGUAAUUUGCAGUUUGCACGCUUGGACAAUUUGAAGUCUCAUUUGAAAAUUCACAGCAAAGAAAAACAAUUGCAAGAAUCAAGCAGUGCUCCUAGCAGCAGCAAUAGCUCAGAGGAGGUCAGAAACAUUCUUCAGCUGCAGCAAUAUCAACUGUCCACAUCUGGAGGACAAGAGAUUCAGUUGCUUGUCACAGAUUCAGUACAUAACAUAAAUUUUAUACCUGGUCAUAAUCAAGGUAUUAGUAUUGUUACUGCUGAGAACUCCCAAAAUAUGACAACAGGCCAGGCUGCUAAUCUUGCGCUACUCACUCAGCCACCACAACAGCUGCAGAACUUGCUUCUUGCAGCGCAGCAGGAACAAGUAGAACAAAUCCAAAGUAUCAAUAUGAUGGAGAACCAAAUAGAGACUACACAAUCUGAGCAAAUGCAUGUCAUCACUCUUUCAAAGGAAGCACUAGCACAUCUUCAUGCCCAUCAGGGGCAAACUGAAGAACUUCAUCUAGCAACAGAAGCUCAGCACAUGCAGCUGACCCAGGAACCUAGUUGUCAGUCUCAUACUAACCAAGAUGCAGUCCAAUCCCAUCAAAUUAGUGAAGAACAGAACCAAAAUGUACACAUUUCUGAAUCACAUCCGCAAUCUUUGUCCAUAAACCACCCAUCUCAUGAGCAUCAGAUUCAAGGUUCAAGGCUUUCACCAAGAAUCAGUCCUAUACAGUUCAAACACAGCUGGCAGUAGAAGAUGCCUGUUGCUUUUACUCAAUUUGUGAAAUAUCUAGCACACUUGGAUGCUAUGUAAACAGUAAUACUUGUACUGGUAGAGAUUGUCCUUGAAUUUUUUUAAAAGCUUGAAAUUUGUUCUCCAUCUUGGAAAACCCUCCAGGUGAAAAUUAAAUAUAAAAUGGUGCUUUCACUGGCAGCAAUUCUUCUACUAUUUUAAGGUUGUAUUUGAGCUAUUGUUCAGUAUGUAUUUUCUACUAAUUUGCUACUACCAUCCAUGCAACAGUGGCACAGGAGAAUCUCUUUAAUAUCAUGAUCAAGACAAAAAGGUUUCAAGAAUAUACUGUGAGGGGAGAUGGGAGGGGGGUUCCAUUUAGGAACACACAAAUUACCAGAUCAGAACAGAAGGCCCUCUAAUGCAGCAUCCUGUUUCCAACAGUGGGUAGUACCAGUUGCUUCAUAGGAUUCGGUACAGGAAUGGGAUAACCAUCCCAUUAAUGAAAGUUUCAUCCUAACCUCCAUUAUGUAGAAGUUUGCUUUUAAAACUCUGGUAUUCUUGUUUACUUAUUCAUUCUUUUGUAAUUCUGGAUGUUGUUAUUACCUAUAUAAAUGACCAGUUUGUUCUUGAAUCCCACCAAGUUCUUGACUUCAGGGAUAUCCUAUGACAUUGAAUUCCACGGGCUAAUUUUGUUGUGUGAAAAAGUAUUUCAGUUGAAAUUUGUUGCCUGUCAAUUUCAUUGACUGUCGUCUUGUUCUUUUAUUAUAAACAUCUGAUCUACCUUCUCUCUACUUUUCAUUCUUUUAAAAACAAGUACUGUACAGCAGAAUUUCUUCAGUAUCCACAAAGAAGCAGGUUGCCAAGGGAAAUUUUUUUUGCAUAUGUAGAUUUUUAUUCCAGUAAAUAAUUCAGACCCAUAUCUUACUAUGAAUAGGCCUGCAAGACAAUGAAUGCCAGGUGUGCCAUUCUUGAAAUGGAUCAUUGAAAUGUGUUGAGCUGAAUUUUUUUCCUGUCAGUCAUCCUGAUUUAACAUUUGCUAUUUAGCAAAGUGCUGAAAUGGAUUGUACUGUGUGUAAUUUGCAAAAUGAUGAGAGUCUGAAAAGUGCUAUAUAAAACCAGAUUCUAUCUUUCUUUUGUAACAGAGGAGUGAGUAUUUAUAAAAAAAAAAAAAUUAAUAAAAAGUAUUGUUUAUAAGAG